AUGAAGGAAACCUCAAAGAUUCUGGACAUUGAUGAGGAGAGGAAGUUGGUGCAAGACAGAUUGAAUGAACUCAAGGAUGCACAAGUCUCCAAGAAAAAAGAAAAUGCUGCAAUGAAAGAACUGGGACUCGAAAGGGCUAAAUUGUAUGGAUGGCUAACCACAUAUGUGUUUACAAAAGCAAUGGGAGAGAUAAUAAUUGGUCGAUCGUUGAAAAUAAAUGUUCCUAUUGUUAUCGCAAGGCCUACACUUGUUAGUUCCACUUACAAAGAACCAUUGCUGGAUAGAAGGCUUCAAAUCCCGGGAGAUAUGGUGGUGAAUGCUUUAAUAGUGGCGAUGAUGACUCAUACGAAAAAUAGUACUAGAAGUUUAUCUGGUGAUGAUGACGAUUAUGGUGAGAUCGAUAAUGGUCAAUAUAUCUACCAUAUGGGUGGCUCUGCCAACCGAGAGUAUAUGAACAUCAUUAAGGUGGUAAAACAUGCUUAUAGCUAUUUCUGUGAGAACCCAUGGAUGGAUAAAUAUGGAAAUACUGUCGGAAUUGUCGAGCCUGUUUUCUUCCCCACCAUGGCUAGCUUCAGGCAGCACAUACAUGACAUUUAUGUGUUACCUAAGAAGGAACGUAAAGUUAGCUUCGCAAAGCGAUUGGUUGAGAUCUAUGAACAUUAUCUACUGUUUAGAAAGAUUGUUGAUGAUUCAGCUACUGAGAAAUUGAGAAUGUCCAUGGAAGGAUCGGAUGAGGCAGAUGUGUUUGAUUUUAACCCUAAACACAUAGACUGGAAAGAUUACUUCAUGAAUAUUCAUAUCCCUGGACUCAUAAGAUAUGUUAUCGAAGGUUUUAAUAGCGUAAACUAG